AUGGAUGCUAUGAGCCGAGCAUUACGCAGAGCUACUCGAUCACCAUUCCCGAGGGACAUUGAACGGGCCCUAAUGCUGAGUAGAUAUACGCACCCACAAUUCAACUCCUACGAUGGGAAAACGGACUUGGUAGAGCACGUAAGCCAUUAUAUCCAGAUGAUAUCUUUACACACUCACAAUGAUGCGCUAAUGUGCAAGGUAUUUCCUUCGAGUCUCAAGCCCAUUGCUUUGAGGUGGUUUAAUGGAUUAAGGAAAGGCUUAAUUCAUAGUUUUGCCAAACUGAUCCAAGAAUUUGGCGUUCAGUUUAUGACCUGUAGCUGGGUGCCACAACCGGUUGACGCGUUGCUAUCCAUGAAAAUGAGAGUCGGGGAAACCCUUCGUAGCUACACUAGACGGUAUUGGGAGCUCUACAAUGAGAUCGGUGGGGGCAACGAGAAGAUCGUUGCAAGUACCUUCUGA